UCUCUCUCUCUCUCUCUCUCUCUCUGCAUAUCUAAUCUUAAUUGAAGUAAAAAAAAAAAAAAAAGGAAUGGAGACUGUUGACACUGCAACAAACUCUAGUGGUGGUCCAUCUUCUCCUUCAGCUUCUCCUCAAAAUAACCCACCUGUGGUUAUGAGCCCUUGUGCUGCAUGCAAAAUUCUUAGACGCAGAUGUGCUGAUAAAUGUGUUUUAGCGCCUUAUUUUCCUCCCACUGAACCCGCAAAGUUUACCAUUGCUCAUCGAGUUUUUGGCGCCAGCAAUAUCAUCAAGUUCUUGCAGGAAAUUCCAGAGUCGCAAAGGGCGGACGCCGUGAGCAGCAUGGUGUAUGAAGCGAGUGCGAGAAUUCGGGACCCUGUUUACGGAUGUGCAGGGGCGAUCUGCCAGCUUCAGAAACAAGUUAACGAGCUCCAGGCGCAACUGGCUAAAACACAAGCUGAACUUGUCAACAUGCAGUGUCAACAAACCAAUCUUGUAACUUUACUCUGCAUGGAAAUGGCCAAAUCUCAACCUCAACCCAAUUCCCCACAAUCGGUCGACAAUUUCAUCACCAGCCCGGAAAGCUCUCUGGGCAAUCCUUGCUUUCUCGAAGAUAACUUGGAAGCACUCUGGGAGCCCCUCUGGACAUAAAAAAAAUUAGUCAUAUAUAUGUCUAGGUAAUUCACCUAGAUAAUAAAUAUUUAAUCCUUCCUUCCAAGAAAAUUCUCCUAACUCUAUUGAGAAGGAGAUCGAACUGAAGGAAAUUAAGUAGCUAGGUAUAAAUUCAACUUAAAGUUGUAGGGAAUUAUACAUAUUAUAUGUGUGAACAAAAUUAAUUUCUGUUUAAUUAUUACUUUUUGGUCGCCUACUAUAAAUAA